AUGCCUCCCCCGCCACUGUCCCCUGGCCCCCAGUGGAGCGAGCCUCCCCAGUCCCUCUUCCCCAGCACUCACGAGUACUCAAACGCCACGACCACGCUCUACAUCACAGCCCUCACAAACCACCCAUCCCCACCCUACAACGCCCGCCUGGAAUGCUGGUCCCUCGCCACCCCAUUCACGACAUACCCGACCGUCGGCAGGGCUCUGUCCCUAGGCAACGUCGACAACGCGACAUAUGUGGUCCUCCCGCCCCGAAGCGCCGAGGGCUGGCACCGGCCUCCGCACCUGAUGUUCUUUGUGCUAUUGUCGGGGAUGGCUCAGGUGUUUGCGCCGAGGACGAACGCGAACAGCGUGAUGCCGCCUCGUAGCGAAGACAUGGUGCGAUCCCCGCGCCAGACCCAGCACCCUCGCGUCAGUGGGAUGUGA